AUGGGACCGCCGUUCAUGACCCCCUUUGUCACGUUCGAGGAAUGGCUUUACUACGAGAAAGGAGGUAAGAAUUUCUGCGGCUACUUUGAGCUGAGUUUGCCAGUGCUGUACGUCGGGAAUUUGGACCUGAUUCAGAGGAUCACAAUCAAGGAUUUUGAGUACUUUACGGACCGGCGCGAGCUCUUGCUCACGGAGGAGUUCGAUGAGAUGUUGCAAGUACUGAACGGGAAAACGUGGAAGGACACCAGAUCUGUGAUGUCGCCAACGUUUUCCUCUAGCAAACUCAAGAUAAUGCAUGAGUUGUGCUUGGAAAACGCCUCAAACCUCAACAAAUACGUGCAAGACGAGAUGAAGAAGAGUGGCGAACUCGAAAUUAAGGAUUGUUUCGGUCGGUUCACCAUGGAUAACAUCGCGUCCUGCGCGUUCGGUGUCAACUGCAACUCGUUUAAAGACCCCAACUGUGAAUUUGCCAAGAACGCGGAAGAGCUUUUCAAGGCCCCUCGCGGAUAUUCCGGCUUCCGACUCUUGCUCAUCCUUCUGUUUGGUUUGGGGUCCGUGCGCCUGUUACCAGACCCGUUUGCGCGCAUCAAUGCAUUUUUCAAACAUGUUGUCAAAAGCGCCGUACGGCAGCGCGAGGCCGGCAACUCGCGCAAAGACUUCCUCCAACUGCUUCUGGACACCAAGGACAAGGACGGCAAACGCAUCCUUAGUGACAGUAGCAUUAUCAGCCAGUCGGUGCUGUUCCUCAUCGUCGGCUACGACACGACAGCCUCGCUGCUAGCGUUCGCCGCCUACUGCCUGGCGACGUCGCCCGACGUCCAGAACGCCGCCCACCGCGAAAUCGACGACGUCCUGCAGCGACACGACGGCCAGCUGACCUACGACGCCGUGGCAGAGAUGACCUAUCUGGACCGGGUGCUGUCCGAGACGCUGCGGCUGUACCCGCCGGCCAUCCGCAUGGAGCGCCAGUGUAGCCGAGACUACACAUUGCCCGACACGAACGUGCAUAUUCCGCGCGGCACAACCGUCCAGAUGCCGAUCUUGAACAUCCACCGCGACCCUGAGCACUACCCGGACCCUCUGCGCUUCGAUCCGGACCGCUUCCUACCCGAAGCGAAGGAGGAACGCCACCCGUGUGCCUUCGUACCCUUCGGCAGCGGGCCGCGCAACUGCAUCGCCAUGCGUUUCGCGCUGUUCGAGGCGAAAGUGGCAUUGAUUGCCGUGCUGCGGGAGAACCGGCUGGAGCCGAGCAAGCGGACGCCGCCGCCGCCCAUGCCGCUCGAUGAGGACAAGUUCCUACUGACCCCUAAGAAGGGCAUGGGCUACCUGCGUGCGGUAUCUCGUGAACAGAGAUAG